AUGGUGCCCGUCGGCGAGACCGUGCAUUCGGUCGGUCGUCGCGGUGGCCUCCUGGGCUUGGAUUGCCUUCCUCCCUGUGGGCCAGCGGGGAGCAUCUGCAGCGAGCUGCCCCUCCUCGCCGCAAACUCUGUGGGCGGGUGUCAGCCAAGGCCCGAGAAGAUGUCCUUCCUGCGGGGCCCUCGCCUGCUCCACGCCCUCCUCAUCGUCCUCCUCUUCCCUGGCCCUCCUGCCCCCCACCCUCCCUUCCGCAAGGGGGCCAGCGGGGCAGACGGCUCCUCCGACCCCGGCACAGAGUCCGACGCGCUCCCUCCCCCGCCCUCGGUCCCCGCCAAUGCCCGCCCAGACGCCAAGGGCCAGGUCUCCUCUGCCUCCACAUCUUCCCCCUUCCCCUCCCAACGCCGCCCCCCCGGCAAGCAGAAGCUCAGCAGCACCAUCCCCAUCCUGGGCAUCGCCCUCCUCCUCACGGGCCUGGCCGCCCUGAUCCCCUCCGCCCUCCUCUUCCCCGACGCCUCCAGCGCCUCCCUCCUCGCCUCCCUUCUCGCCCGGCUCCGCCCCCCUCCCGGGAUCGAGCCCUCUGGCGGUGACCUCUAUUGGCGCAUCUUUCUGGCCGGGGGCGUCUGCGCCAGCAUCAGCCACGGAUGGGCCGUGCCCCUGGACGUGGUGAAGACACGCCUGCAGACCGAUCCCGCCCGGUACCAAGGCCUGGGCAUAUGGGGUGCUUGCGAGAAGAUAAGACGAGAAGAAGGCCCGGGCAUGCUCCUCAAGGGGCUGGGCGCCACCCUGACAGGGUACUCGAUCCAGGGGUCGCUCAAGUAUGGGCUGUACGCCAUCUUCAAGAGCGUGGUGACCCGUCUCCUGCCUUGCUCCUCCAUCUUCGUCACCUGGGUUCUGGCCAGCAUGAUCGCCGACUGCAUCGCCAGCACCGCUCUCUGUCCCCUCGAGGCCACCCGCAUCCGCCUCGUAGCCGAUCCCUCCUUCGCCUCGGGCACCUUGGACGGCAUCGGACACUUGCUCCGAGAGGAGGGGUGCUCCAGCAUCUUCAAGGGCAUGCCCGCCAUCCUGGCCAAACAGCUUCCCUACACCAUAGUUCAACUCUGCGGCUUCGAGCUCAUUACACGCGUGUUCUACUCGUGGGAAGUGACCGCGCGUCUCGUCCACGCCCCCGGGCCCUGGCAGUGGCUCGUCUCCUUCGGCAGCGCCCUCAUCACGGCCGUGGUCGAGACCAUGCGAGAGGCGGUCCAAGAGCUGGGCCUCCGAGGGCUCUACAAGGGAACGAGAGCCCGGCUUUUGCACGUGGGCAUGAUCGUCACCAUCCAACUCGUCAUCUACGACUUUGUCAAGCAGCUGGUCGGCCUCCCGGCGACAGGCGCGCACUGAUGAGACAGAGAUUGCCAAGAGCUCUCAUUUCUUUCUCAUCCCUCUCACAAAUGGAGAGGAACAGGUUUUGGGACACCCAUCAUUCUGUCUGACAACAUUUUCGUCCCGUCUACGGACGAGCUUGUCAGAUCGAUGGAGAAACCUUGAUUAAAUGCGUACAAGAAGGACGGUAUAAACGGGGGGGGUACCUCCAAGCGCCUGACCACCACCACCACAAGAGGGAGGGAAGAGGCGGAUUGGGGCGCUGUGUGUAGACUACUAGACUAGAACAUCUCCGACACACAUUUCAUACACUGUAUUUGAAAAGCUAGGCCCUCUGAAAUAUCUGCGUCGGCCUUGGAAGUACGAGCUUGACUUAAGCAUGUUGAGCCGCUGAGGUCGACAGAGGGCGUAUCAUGAAUGUCGACGGGGCAAGGUGCCUGACGUCGUUUGUCCCAUUGGACGAGCUCAGGUCUAGUUGACAUUUACGCCACGUUUUGUGAAGCGAACGUUUCCAGGCGACGAUUGAGGUAGACAAAAGAAGGGAUAACAUCGCAAGAAAAA